GCGGAUACGCCUGAGGCAAGUGCGUCUGCGGGGAAGAGGAAGGAGAGAGAGGAGGGGGACAAACCGACGGCAGCAGCCGCAACACAGAAGAGGAUGAGACAAAACACGAUCACGGAGUCGUUCACUUCAAAGUGGCAGAUGGAGUUCAAAAAGAAGUGGCUGCGGUUUGUGUACAGUCAGCGCCUGCGGUUCAACGUCUUCCGGAGCGAGCCAUGGUUGGACGUCGUCCGACACUUCAGGGACUUGCCGGGGCCAGUGAAGGUGUUGUGGCCUUCAGAGAAUGAGAUCGCGGACAUAGAGACCAUUGUCCACACGGCGGACGAUGUGGGAGCUGAUCUCGCGGAGGUCAGGGCUCCUUUCUAUGUCACAGGGGCCACCAUUAUGUCAGACGGAAGGAAGUCACGCGAUGCUAGACCCAUCGUUAACUUCCUUGCCGGUGGGUCGCGUGGGGUGAUGCUCGUCCGGACGAUGAACAGGGAGGGUGAGCGGGAUCGGGCGCCUGAUGUGUUGGCGCGGUGGAUCAAGGUGUUCGAUGACUUCCCCCCUAAGUGGGUGAAUGCCAUCUGCACCGACUCCGCCUCGGCGUAUGUCGCCGUGACGAACAUGCUCCAGGGGCCCCAGCAGAGGCCGGAGCAUCGACGGAUCACGUGGCUCCCAUGCGCAGUGCAUGUCUGCAACAAGAUGUUGUCAGACAUUGGCUGUUCGGUCCCGUGGUCCAAGGACAUCAUCGUGAGGGGGAGACCGGUGGUGCACUUCAUUAAGGAGCACGGAGCCGCUCUCCAUAUCUUCCGGGGGGAGAGCAGUCAGAUGGGCCUCAUCUAUCCUUGCGAGACACGUUUUGCAUCCGUGUUUGCGAUGGUGGAGCGUUUGCUGGCAGUGAGGUCAGCUUUGGAGAGGACGGUGGAUAGUUGGGGUAUGGUCCCUUGGGACCAUUCGGUUCGUCAUUUGGCUAGGUGGGUCAGGUGGCAGGUGCGACAUGGCAGUUGGUGGGAUUCCAUGGGCAUCUUGCUCCGUAUCAUGGAGCCUGUGUACGACCUGCUGCGCAGGUUGGACCGCGGAGGGCUGCACAUGUCGCGGGUGGUUGAGUGGACGCAGGAUCUGGCCCGCCAGGUGGCAGAGAAGGUUUGUGCACUUCCGCCAAAUCUUGCACACUACAUUGUGCAGAGGGUGUAGGCUCGAUGCGCUCACAUGCUGGAGCCGGCACAAGCCGCUGCUCACCUCCUCUGUCCCAACCGGCAGUACUUGUCGU